AAGAAGAAAAAAGGCGGGCAAACCGUAAACGGCCUGAUCAGGUGAUACUGUAUUCGUAGCGUGUUUUUUCGUGUAGUUUUCACACAAAACGCCUCAUUCCGGCGUUGUUUUUCACUGAAUUUCAUUCGUUAUACAUAAAGUACCAAAGAAAACCUUAUUAUAUUGUAAUAACGGAAAAUUAGUUCACCUUGAAAAAAUGGCAGAAUUUAAGACACCAACGUCCAAAAAAUUUCGUUCAAGGAUUGAAAAUAAUUCGGAGUACGAGACACCCAUUGUUAUUCCCGCAUCGCCCUAUCUUCAACAAAUCGGCUACGGUUGUGGCGUCAAUGUUUUUACUCUGGAAAGAUCACCAAAGAUCGGACAUGUACGUUCACCAUGGGCUGUCAAGAAAAGGAACAACCGAAUCGCUCACCACGACAAGAAAUACAACGAACGUAUUCGGCUGGAAGCUGAUAUAUUGCGAAAACUGAAUCACCCCAACAUCAUUGGAUUUAGAGCAUUCACCAUAUCACCCACCGGGGAUCCUUGUCUCGUCAUGGAACAGCUGGAUAAUUCAUUGGGUGAUAAGAUAGAAGAAAGGCAGGAAGAAGGAGCAGGACCAUUCCCACCCGGCAAGAUUCUGACUGUGGCUCGUGAAGUUGCCAAUGCAUUGGAGUAUCUUCAUCACGAAGUUCACAUUCUUCACGGCGAUUUGAAGAGUUAUAACAUUUUGUUGUCCCAAGAUUGGAAGUUGGUUAAAGUUUGUGAUUUUGGAGUGUCCGUACCUCUCACUAAAGAUUUACAGAUGAACGACUCGAAGAAGGAUGUCAUGUAUACAGGCACAAAAUGCUGGAAUGCUCCUGAAGUAAUAUUUGAAAAUGGUCCCAUCACUAAUAAAACUGAUAUUUGGUCUUACGGACUUGUCAUUUGGGAAAUGAUAGCCACGGUGCCGCCUCAUUCCGAACAUUUUGAUGGAGAUGAAACUCCCACAUCGUCUAUGGAUAUUUCACUUUUGGAUAGUAGCGACCCCCAAACCAUGGACACCAAAGAAAAUUAUGAUCCCAAUGAUCUCACGGACGAGAGUAUAUCGUUUCUCGAAGAAAAAUCUUUUGGAACAUUUGGUACUCGACCAGCUUUACCAGCAAUACACAUUGGGCCAGAAUACGAUCAAGUGCUCGAAAUAUUUAUUGCUUGUACAGACAGCGAUUACAAGACGAGACCAAGCGCCAAGGGUCUCGUGCAAUUUUUCAAAAAUUACGCAAAGUCCCCUACACCAAGUUCGUCAAAAUCCGCGAAUAAAGAAACGUAGGCAAUUUAGUCUAAGAAGCAUAAUUCAAAACAAAAACAACCUCACGUUUCACAAAUUAAUCACGAAUGAAUUCUUCAGAUUAACAGGAAGAGUUUUCAAUAUUCGAGAAUCCAUUGACGUUUUCAUUUUUAUAAAUAUACAGCUAUAAUCAAUACUAACACUACGAUUAGAACGCUGAUUAUAAUUAUUUUACAUUUCCUCUGAAAAGAAAAACACUGUUAGUCGUGUUACGAAAAAAUGGUAAUAAAAAUCGUUUCCGUACCCUUUUA